UAUCGAUUAGUUUUAGGCAGCUGACCGGGCUGCUUCCAACUUCUCUUAGAAUUUCUGGUAUUCUUUUCUUUUUGCGCACUCAAGAUAGCAGUUUGGUUCGCAGAACCAAUAUCCUUUUUAUUUAGUGUAGAAGAGUAUCCUUGACCUUUUGAUCUAGGAUGGACAAUGUCAGUGCUAAUUACACAACGAUUCCGAUUGCGACAUGGCAACCGGCCGCAAUGGCUUUAACGGUUAUCUUCAUCCUUGGAUUAGUCUGCAACGCGGCGGUGACAACCGUCUUCGUCUUUAAUAAGGAUUUAUGGAGUUCGUUCAACGUUUACCUAUGCAACCUGCUAGUAGCCAAUCUGAUCUACUUUUUUCUGGGUGCCCCGUUUGACAUCAUUGAGGAAGUGUUCCCGCACUGGUGGUUGGGGCAAUCGGUCUGUACCUUGUAUUUGUACGCCUACUGGACCAUCACCCCAGUACAGAUCCUAACUCAUUGUUCCAUCGCGGUUAACCGCAUCUGGGCGCUUUAUCGGCCCAUAUCCUACCGGACCCGACACACCAUCGCCACCGCUAUAAAGAUCUGCGUGUUCUUGUGGCUCUUUGCACACCUGAUCGGGCUGCCGGGUGUUCUGGUUGAUGCGGUGCAUUUCCAGCAGAAGAACAUGUGUGUGGUAGAUACGACGGAUUCCGGGUUCCUGCAAAUCUGGCAGCUAUUGAUCAACGUCAUUGGAUUCUUGUGUAUCUUCACGAUCCUAGCGGCGUUCCCGUUGGUGCUGGGGAAGAUGCAAAAACCCCGCCGGGUCAGCAUUAGCAUGCGCGGGAAACUGCAGCAUUCGGUGUCGCAGACCUUUGCCGAUCAUUCGCAGCGACAAACGGUGUUAUUGCUGGUGUUGACCGUUAGUGUAUUUGUGCUGUGGAGUCCACUGAUGUUGUAUGAAGCGUUGCGGUCGUUUUUGGCAAUGGAUUUUCCGACGGUGGAAGCCGUGUUUAUGGUGAUGUUCAAUGCGCAGUCGUUGUUAGAUCCCAUUUUGCUUGUGCUUACUCUGAAAUCUGUGCGCGGUGCAGCUUUAGCAAUGUUUUACCCAAGAAAAUGGCUGCCCUACUUUUUUAAUUAAGUUAACAAUUGUAAGCUAGAUUAGCAGGUCAUGCUGAUGAUGUACUAUUGUCACAAACG